AUGUCGGACCCCACUAUCAGAGAACAGAGGGGAACUGAGAUCAACCUAGUCGAGGCCAGUCUCCAAGACAUCCGACAGGCCCUCGAUUCCGGAUGCAUCACUAGCACAGAGCUUGUAGCUCGCUAUUUGCAAAGGAUAGCAACUUAUGAUACGCGCGGGCCGUAUCUAAAUUCUAUCCCUAUUCUGAAUCCUAGACUUUUUGAGGAAGCCGCAGCAUCUGACGAGCGUCGCGCAAUGGGCCUCCCCCCACGGCCACUGGAAGGUAUUCCUUAUACCAUUAAGGAUGGCUUCAAAUAUCGUGGCAUGCCUGUAUCAGCAGGCUCACCAGCCUUUCGUUCGUUGAUGCCAAACGAGGACGCUUUUGUCGCAGCGAAGCUCCGAGAAGCAGGCGCGAUUUGUAUCGGCAAGACUAAUAUGCCCCCAAUGGCCGCUGGAGGAAUGCAAAGAGGCCUUUAUGGGCGAGCUGAAAGUCCCUAUAACCUAGCAUACCUACCUGCCGCCUUCAGUUCUGGCUCCUCGAUUGGCUCUGCAACUGCGACAGCAGCUAGUUUUGCAGCUUUCGGCCUAGGCACUGAGACCGUAUCCUCAGGACGAUCGCCCGCUUCAAAUAAUGGUCUAGUCGCGUAUACUCCAUCGCGAGGCAAGGUUUCCUGCCGUGGAAUGUGGCCGCUAUAUCCCACUUGUGAUGUCGUUGUGCCCCAAACCAGGACAGUGGAGGAUAUGUUGACCAUUUUGGAUGUGCUCACCCAGCCCGAUAACGUUACAAAGGGUGACUUCUGGAGGGACCAACCAUUCUUGAAACUUCCCGAAAUGAAUUCUGAAAUUACAAAGACAUACACCACCCUAGCGGACCCGGAUGCCCUGCGAGGGAAACGCAUCGGAGUUCCUUCAAUGUAUAUCGGGGGUCACGAUCCAAAGGCAAAACCUGUCUUUGUCAGUGACUCUGUGAAGGAACUUUGGCAACGCGCAAGAGAGGAUAUUGAAGCUCUCGGAGCCGAAGUCAUUGAAACCGAUUUCCCAAUUGUUACCAACUAUGAAGAUGAUACUAUAUCCCAACAACCCAACAAUGUCGUGGGCGUUGCAGCUGAUUGGAACAAUCUAGAACGUGGUAAAAUUAUUGCCUAUGCUUGGGAUGACUUCCUUAUUGCUAAUAAAGAUCCUAACUAUCCAAGUCUUGACCGCGUUGUCGCUGGCGACAUCUUUCCCAAACCUGCGGAUUACAUACCGGACCGCUUCAUUGAGAAGAAAAACAUCAUUUCUUACGCCUCCCUCCUCGAGCUGGUCAAGCAUGAAAGCCGAACAUCUCUUUAUGAUAUCCCCGGCAUGCAUACUGCACUGGUCGCUCUUGAGGCUCAGCGAAAACGUGACUUGGAAGACUGGAUGGACAAGCACGGUCUCGACGCUGUGGUUUUCCCCGCCAACGGCGAUGUCGGUAAAGCCGACAUUGAAACAAAUGAAGCCAGCGCUGCUCAUGCGCAUAAGAAUGGCAUUAAGUAUUCCAACGGUAAUCGGGCACUACGCCAUCUGGGAGUUCCGACCGUCAGUGUUACAAUGGGUGUUAUGAGUGAUACACGCAUGCCUGUCAACCUCACAUUUGCGGGCAAGGCAUACACAGACAAUGAGCUCUUGAAAUUUGCAUAUGCAUAUCAGCAGGAAUCACGACGUAGAGUGGCACCCUGUCUUAGUCCGUCACUAGCCUCUGACUUGAUUCCCCUCGACCAUCGCGAAUGCUCUUUAGAAUCAGGAACCUAUAAUACGCACACCAUUAAUAUCGAUUCAUCCACCAGAGGUACAUCUGCUGGCAAGCUCAUGAUAUCCCUUAAGGGUUCUGUUGCGGGGUUCACAUCUGGGAAUGUCCCUACCCUUGAGAUUUUUGUAGACGGCAGACGUCUUGAUCCAGCCGAAGUUCUUGUCGAUCAUAAAACAGGCCAGUGGACUGCUGAUACAGUCUAUACCCUGUUUGAAACUAAUCCGUCAAUAUAUGGAGUCAAGGCGCUUGCUAGUCAAAUAAUGGUAGUAGUAUUGGCCCGCGUCGCGAACAGGGUUAAUGGCAAGUUGAUACUUAUAGACUAG